GAAAUCACUGCUCUCUGUAUGACAAACAGAGGAAAAGAUCCUCUUAAUAAACUUUAUUUUUGCUUGGGACUCUUUGUGUGAAAUCUAACCAGCAUGCCAACUUUAGGCUCAAAGAAGAAGGAGGGUCAGCCCAGGCCGGAUAAACACUCAGGAAGCUCCAUGCCACAGCUGACCAACGAGAUGCAGCUGAGCAUCAUGAACAAAGUGAAGAGUGGAGAGCUGUCCAUCGAGGACGCGCUGAACCGGGCCCGGCUGGACGGACAGCUGCUCAGACAGAAGAGUCAGGAGAGAAUCAGCCAUUUUUCCACUUUCUACACCGCUCCGCAGGAGGAUCGAGAACCAAAACAGUACAACUUCAGUGUGCACAAGCACGGCCGCUACCGGUGGCAGAAGCGAGUUCUUCAGAUUGAUUUCACGACCAAGCUGCUGUGCAGCAUCGAGAAAGGCAUCGUCAAGCGGCAGCUUCCCUUCUCUGCUGUCAAGAGCUGUGAUGAUGGAGAGAAUUCCCGCUUCUCCAUUUCCUUCAAAGGUCAUCAUGAUUACGAGCUGGAGGCCACUUCGCUGGACGACAAACACAAGAUUAUGCAGCUCGUGAAUCAGAUCAUUUAUGGGAACAUAUACCAGGAGUCUGCAGGGGACGAUACAGAGCCGCACCAGCAGCCUGAAGCACCGCAGAGCCUCCGGGACGGAGUGCUGCUGCUGCACCGAGGCGGCCUGGCAUCAUUCAAAUGGGUGAAGUACGAGGUCCAGCUCCACCCGGGCCAGCUCACACUCUCCAGACGGAGGGUCCCGACUGACGGAGAGACGACAACGUCAACGUCAGUAUCCGUGCCCAUUGUCAUUCAUCUGUCACACGGCGACACCACCGUCCAGAAGACCCAGAGCCCGGACUCUUUCAACCUGGUCACCCACAAAAAUGAGUACUGGUUCAAAGUGCCUCUAUCAGAUCAAACAUCAGGCCCUGGCUCCCUGCAGAAGGAGCGGGACGCUUGGGUCCACGCCAUUCAUAAACUGUGUUCAAACUGGAAGAGGAAGUCCAUGGGCGAGCACAUGUUUCUGGAGGCACAGAGCUUACGACCCAUCAGCAUAGCCGAGGACCCUGAAGACAGCGGGUCCGAUCGGGAGUCCGGCGGCGGGGCCGACGCUCUCCUGUCCUCUGCUGGUGACACGAGUCCAAAUAAACCCACUCCUGAUCGGGAGAGGCCUGUCCCGACGCCUCGGGUUAGGACUUCUGCUCCAGGUACCGGACCUGGUACUUCACCUCCCACCCCAACGUCACCGACUGCCCCCUCCGCUGCCGCCCCAACGUCACCAACGUCACCCAUCUACUCAACGCCAAUGUCGCCUUCUGCAGUCGCCCCAUCUGGGCCCUCUCCGUCUUCGACCGUCCCCGUGUCCCCCCUCCAUCCGCCCACUCCCCGGGUUGUGAAAGAGCCCCCACAGCCUCAGCCGUUCAUCCCGGCUCCCCCACCGCUGCCCAUCAAACUGAAGAAAGCCUUCAUCAAGCGGCGUACCAAGGCCUUCCACUGGGACCCCGUCGGUCCGGACAAGAUCGCAAAAUCAUUCUGGAAACAAGAAAGCACCAGGAGGAUUGAAAUCGACACAUCACGCUUAUAUGAGCAAUUUGCUGUUAAAGAUCCGGGGACGUUUGCUGUGGCAGAGCCGAGUAAUACCCAGCACAUUAUGCUCAAUGAGAAGAUCGCACACAACUUCAACAUUUUCCUCAAAAGUUUCCUGGUGCAGCCGGGAGAGCUGAAGGACAAACUGUUCGUCAUUAAUGAGGAAGAUGGAGGCCUGUCUGAUGAGCACAUCACCUCUCUGCGGAGGUAUGUUCCCACCGUGGAGGAUGUGGAGAUGUACAAGUCCCACAAAGGGCCGGUGUCAGAGCUGCACAUCGUGGACCAGUACAUGCUGGCGAUGUGCAACAUCCCCUACCUGGGCACGCAGCUCGACCUGCUGCUGACUCUGAGAGAGCUCCCGAUCAGCAUGAACGACCUGCAGCCCCUGAUUAACCAGAAGAUCAGAAUGUGCACACAGCUGUACAACUGCGGGUCAUUCGUUUCCGUGCUGGAGUACCUCCUCGCCAUUGGCAAUUACCUCAACGAGAACGCCGGAAAAGGAAAGGCCAAGGGAUUCCGCCUCUCCUCCUUACCUAAACUCUCUCAGCUCCGUGGAACAGACAAGAAAUUCACCUUGCUCCACGCCCUUGUGGAGCAGAUCAUGUUGCACGAACCGAAGUUGGCCGCUUUCACCCAAGACUUGGCAGAAUUCGAAACUGUCCCUGGAGCUUCCAUCAAGGGUUUGACCGCAGAAGUAGAUGUCCUGAAAAACGAACUGAAGAAAGUUGUCGAGUACAGAAAGACAACCAAGAAGAGAAACGCUGGAGCGCCACACCCAAACUUCUUCAAAGACCUGAAGGCGGUGAUCGAUAAGUACGAGGCGGAUCUCUCGGCUCUGACGAAGACGUGCGAAGAGAUGAAGAAACUCUACUCUGUCAUUCUGGUAAAAUUUGGAGAACCUGCGGAUCAGGACUCUCAGGAGCUCUUUGGGAUGAUCUGUCAGUUCGUUCAGGACUUCAGAGGAACACAAGCCGAGGCUGUCUGAGCUGCAGACUGCUUGAUGAAGGACUCUAAAUCACACUGCAGCUUUUAACGCUGAUAACACGGAUAUUGCGCCCGUUUCUAAAAGUUAGGGAAAAGGGAUAAAUAUACGUGAUCCCUCCAUUUUCCCUGAUGAAGGAGGUUUUAUAUAUUUACUACUGAUUUUCUUCUUUUUUGUUGUUAUGUUAUGUGUGUGUGUGUAGAAAUACUUCCCUGUGUAACUGUUAAUGGAUGUAACUCAUUGUCGAGUGUUGCUCAUGUACCUGGAUGACUGGCUGUCUGUGGAAAUCAGUGCUGCGAAUAUAAAACCGGUCGAUGUCGGUUCGUCGCCGACUUGCGUCUUCGCCGACAUUGGUUCUGAGUCGAACGUGCAGUGGAGGAUGGGAAACCCUCUGCUGGAGAGGAGCACUCAGAUGCUGAAGUGUGCCGUUAAUCCCCGCAGCCGUCUGCCGGCAGAGCAGCGAGACAGGCAUCACUUCAGAGGCCAGCUGAGGUGGGCGGACUCCGGGGCGUGCGAUUAUUGGGAACAUUCGGGGACGUUUUUCUCUCCGGGACGAGCUCCAAGGCCGUCUGCGGUUCGGCGGCGUGGCCAGGAACGCAAAAGCUGCCCCUUCAGAGAACAGAAAGGUCUCCUCAGAGGUGAUUUAUGUGCUUUAGUGUGCCUGACAUUUUAAUCAGCGAACAGGAAAAAAAAAAAAAAAAGCAUUAUGGUUUUAAGUGGGACUCAUGGUAAUGAAUGACACCCCUUACAGGGCGGAAAA